CGAUAGUCACAUUUUUUUAAACGCGUCGAUCCCACCGCUACGACAGCAUUCAGCUCAUCUCUACCGGCGCAUAUAGACGAGAAGGAAAUUUUCAUUUCACCGAAUUGAGCUAUAAACAGGCUAUUACGCGGAAAGCACAUAUAAAUUCCCGAAUAAAUCCGUAGUCGCAUAAAUAUCGAAAGUUGAGUUGGGAUUGGCAACUAAUCACAACCAACGACGACAAUGGCCAACAACAACUACGCCGGGUUCAACUAUGGCGGCACCCAAUACAAUACGGGCCAGGUCUCGUACCCGGCGGUAACCAAUGCCACCUACGCGAAUGCGGCCGCCUAUCAAAACGCCGCUGUUGCCGCCGGACAGGGUGGUUACGGCGGGGCAGCCGGGGCGGGCGCUGGCGCCUCCUCGGGUCCUCCGGGGGCGGGGGGAUACGGUGGAUACGGCGACUACCGGAAUGCCAUGCAGUCUUAUGACGCCAGUAAGACAUUCUACCAGCAGUCCUCGGCCGGCUACAACGCCUCUGGUUCGACAGCCUCCGUCAGCAAGACUCACUACUCUGCGCCGCCAGUCAAGAAUCAAGUCAAGGGCAAGAUGGACAAGUCGAAUGGUGGCCCAAAACCUCCCAACUCUGCUCCGCCUUCGGGCAACAGCUACAGCGGCUACGAUACGGCCCUCUACAAUGCGGCCAGCAUGUAUGUGGCUCAGCAGCAUCAGGGAAAUCCCAACCAAAAGCCCAACGGCGGUGGCAACAACUGGUAUCAACGCAAGAUGGGGCCGACCAUCCCGGGAGCUCCAGCCCUAAGGGGAAUGCGUCCCAAGGCGCCCCCACGGCCUCAGCAGCUGCAUUACUGCGAGGUUUGCAAGAUCUCUUGCGCCGGACCGCAGACUUAUCGCGAACAUCUGGAGGGCCAGAAGCACAAGAAGCGCGAGGCCUCGCUAAAGAUGUCCGCUAGUGCGACCAGCACCACCCAAAAUAGAGGCAACAACUACCACUGCGAGCUGUGUGAUGUUACCUGCACUGGCACGGAUGCCUAUGCCGCCCAUGUGCGAGGUGCCAAGCACCAGAAGGUGGUCAAACUGCACCAGAAGCUGGGCAAACCGAUUCCCUCGGAGGAGCCGAAGAAGAUGGGCAAAAUCAACUUUGUGCCCGCCGCUGCCGGAUCUGGCGGAUCAGCAGGAGCGACUGGCGCCGUCAAGGCUGAAGGGGGCUCCAACGAGAGCGAUGCGGCUGGAGAACUCGAUGACAACCUAGACGAUUCUCUGGGCGAGAACACGGACAAUAUAAAGCCGGUUGGAGGCGAGUAUAUCGAGGAGGUCAAGGACGAGGAGGGCAAAAUACUAAGCUUCAACUGCAAGCUGUGCGACUGCAAGUUUAAUGACCCUAACGCCAAAGAGAUGCACAUGAAAGGCCGCCGCCAUCGCUUGCAGUACAAGCGCAAGGUGCAGCCCGACUUGGUAGUGGACUUUAAGCCCACUCCUCGGCAGCGGCGUCUGGCCGAGGCCCGUGCCAACCGGGCCAUGAUGUCCUCGCAUCGCGGCGGCGACGAUCACGACGGCAGCUACUGGGAGGAGCAGCGCAAUCGCCAGUACAACGAGGAGUAUGACUACAACAACUGGAUGUCGCGCAGUUUCGGAGGUGCCCAGCGCUUCGGUCGCAUGGGCAAUGGGCCUCCGCCGCACUUUGGCAUGAUGCCCGGCGGAAACGUGCGUCGUCCGGAGAGCACCGACGAUCGCCAUGCCAUUGCGCGUCACGCUGAGAUUUAUCCCAAGGAGGAGGAGCUGCAGACAAUCCAACGCAUCGUGUCGCACACUGAAAGAGCCCUUAAAUUGGUAUCCGACGCCUUGGCCGAGCAGCCCAGCGAUGCCGGAGCGGCCAAUAAGAAGGAUAAGGCCGACAAGCCGUCCGAGAAGGACGGACGCGACAACCAGAUCUUCUCGUUCCACAAGGACGCCGACAACGGUGGCAAUGUGGUGCGCAUCCUGAAGGGAGUGAUGCGUGUAGGCUACUUGGCUAAGGGACUGCUGCUUCACGGCGACAAUGCCGUCGAGCUGGUCGUUCUCUGUGCGGAAAAGCCGACGGCGGGUCUUCUACAGCGUGUGGCUAACGUGCUGCCCGACAAACUCAAGGAGGUGGCAGGUGAAGUUCAGGUCAAUUAUCGCGUGGAGGUCAACGCCGAGGAUGCCGCCCUAGUUGUGUUGGAUGAGGCUGUUUCGGUCAAGAUCACUCUCACUUCGCCUUUGCUGCGCGACACCAAUCCAGGAGAGGCUACCACCAGCGAGGAAGGUGAAGGCGAUGCCGAAUACUUGCCUCGUGAGCCCUGUCUGCGUGCUUUGGCUGAUCUGCGACACGCCAAGUGGUUCCAGGCUCGGGCCACUGGACUCCAGUCUUGCGUGAUGGUCAUUCGCAUCCUAAGAGAUCUCUGUCAGCGCGUGGCGUCUUGGCAGGCACUACCUCAGUGGUCGUUGGAACUCCUUGUGGAGAAGGUGAUCUCGUCGGCUGGCUUUCCCAUCUCACCAGGCGACUGUAUGCGCCGCAUCAUGGAGGCCCUAUCGUCCGGAUUUUUAAUCAAUGGGCCUGGCUUGCUGGAUCCCUGCGAAAAAGAUCCAACCGACGCCCUGCUCGAUUUGACCAAACAGGAACGCGAGGAUCUCACUGUGUCGGCUCAGCUGUUUCUGCGCUACAUUGCCUUCCGCCAGAUCUACAAGGUGCUUGGUAUGGAGCCGCUGCCGGCUAUGAAGUUUCCCAUGCGUCCAUGGCGCGUCAACCGCAAGCGGCGCAGGUCGUCGGGGAAGGCAGGUGGUGCCCCCCGGCGGGGAGACCGAAUCCAACGACAUCGACGAGACCGGCUCCGAUGAGAAGGUGGCCAAAAAAGAGGGUGCCGGUUCCACCGGUAGCAGUGCUUAGGCAGCGUCUAUAGGUUAUAAACACGUAGUCGGAUACUAAUAUUACAAUUUCUCUCAUGAUAAAUUCUCGCAACAAAGCGUCACUUAACUAUAACCAACUCUUAUUCUCCACGAGUAUUCAAACCAAUUGGGGCAUAAGGGCACUGGAGCUAUGCAUGUCCAACAUGUUGCCCAAUUGGCAAUUAGUGAACCCCCUAUAAAGCAAACUUUAACUAACAAUAUUUAGCGGAUUAUGCAAACUUGUAUUUUUUAGCAUUAGUGCAUCGGAAGGCAAAUGUAUUCAGAUUAGAUGUGGUCAUCUUGGUCCUCAAAAGAUUCACAGACAAAUAUAUAAAUACAAGAACAACACGGAUUUUAAUAAAACGUAUUGAACAACUAAAA